GAUUUUGCGGUCUGGCUGGAGUCCCCGCCUCCCCCUUAGAGGGCAGCAGCGGGGCGCCUCGGGGACGCAUGCGCCCCAAUUUGCGCUCGGAGAAUUAAAAGAGGGGGAAAAAGCCCCAGGAAAACCCAAGCCCCAAAACAAAACGCAAGCGAAGGGCGCGCGGCCUGCAGCCCUCGCCCGCGUCACCGGCCACAGCGGGAUGCGCACGGGCCGGCCGGCGACGCCCGGGCCGUCACUGUCCCCGCACCUGGACGCCGGCCCGGUGGCCGCGCCCCAGCUGCGAUCGCUCGCCGCGGCGGCUUGCUCCGAGGAUCCCGGCGGCGCCGGUGGGGCCCUCGCUCUCCAUGGGGCUGAGGGACUGGCUGAGGAUCGUGUGCUGCUGCUGCCCCUGCAAGUGCCUGGAGGAACCCACCGUGCCUGAGAAGGAGCCCCUGGUCAGUGAUGGCAAUCUGUAUUCCUCAUUCGGAGCGACUCUGGCAAGAGAUGAUGAAAAGAAUUUAUGGAGCAUCCCCCAUGACGUGUCCCACACGGAGGCAGAUGACGACAGAAUCCUGUACAAUUUGAUAGUCAUUCGCAAUCAGCAGUCCAAAGACUCAGAGGAGUGGCAGAAACUCAACUAUGAUAUCUAUACCCUGCGGCAGAUUCGAAGGGAAGUGAGAAACAGAUGGAAACGCAUUUUAGAAGAUUUAGGUUUUCAAAAGGAAGCAGACUCUUUGUUGGCAGUGACUAAACUCAGCACCGUCAGUGAUUCCAAAAACACAAGGAAAGCUCGAGAGAUGUUGUUAAAACUGGCUGAAGAGACCACUAUCUUUCCAGCAAGCUGGGAGCUCUCAGAGAGAUAUCUUUUUGUUGUGGACCGUCUCAUUGCACUUGACGCUGCAGAAGAGUUCUUUAAAAUUGCUAGUCGAACUUACCCCAAGCAGCCCGGCAUCCCAUGCCCGGCCGAUGGCCAGAAGGAACUGCGCUACCUUCCGUUUCCAAGUCCCUAAAGGAGAGGCUCUGAGGCAGGAUGGGAGUUCUUCCACCCGGGCUCAACAGCCACGCAAAGCUGUACAAUUGCACACAGAAGAGAGUGAGCAAAUAGGAUCGCUAAGUGAACAGUGAUUCUGAAUCCCACAAACAUAUAAGAUCUUCAUGAAGACCCCCCUCUCUGAAAUGUUCAGGUUGCAUCGAAACACUCUGGUGAUUCUACAUCUAGAAAGAAAGUGGAAGAGUUGGUCGGUGGGACGGUUCUUCAUGGGUGCUUACAUUCCAAGAGCCCAUCGCCCCAGUUUUAGUUUUGGUUGUCAAAUAAGUUCUGAACAUUAAUUCUACCGAGAAAGUGGAAUAUUCUGGUUAAUAAAAACAUUAUUUAUAGAGAGAGCUAUCAUUGAGCCCAAAGAUGGAUUACCAAUUUAAAAAUAAUUAUUAUAAAGGAUACGCUAACCCCCAAAUAAUACUAGGCGUUAUGUGGCCUCUCUUUGAUUUGCAAGAACCUGUAGAACCCUGGAGGGUGACAAGGCAUCAUUUUAAGUAUCAGUUAUGAUUAUUAUUCACAAGUGUAGACAUAGCAGAUAAUAGAAAUAACUAGGAGUGCCUCUCGGAAAUGAGUUCCAAAUAGAAUGACCCCAAGCAGAACUUCCUGCAGCUACAUGUAGAAAAUUCUGUUUUCACUUGCGGUACGUGCAUCUUAAAUCCCCAACUUUGUUGAUAUCUGGUUACCUCAUUUUUGCAUAUUGUCCAUUUUUAUUCCAAAAACCCUUGACAUUUUAUCUGGGAUAGCAUCUGUAAACUGAAAUAUUUGACAUCUAUUUCCUCUUUUUAAAUCUGUUUCUGGAUUAUCAGCUGAGAGUUGUGCCUGUCUGGAGACCUUCUGCUGUACAGAGUUGUAGCUAUGCAGGCAGUGUCUCAAUGAAGAAGGUCAUUGCUGGACUUUCUUCUGCUCCGAAGAUGAUUUUCAAAGUGGAGCAAUGAUGCCCGUGCAGCUUGCUGCUGUCCACAGACUGAGAAGUCCAGCUUCAAAAGUUACUUUCCACCUAAGCAAGGAGCUUGUCAAGAGACUGUGGUUUAUUUAUUGGAAAGGCUUUAAGGAUUUAUAGGAUUUAUCAGGAGAUUGCUGAGAACAAUGGCAAUAUUUUUAUUUUUAUAGACUUUGCACUUCUGACUUCAGGUUAAAGACUAACUUGUAUUUAGUCUGUUCAGGGGACUAUGACUUUAACAUUUUCAUAUUCUGAUUAGAUUUUUGGCAGUAUAUGCAGUAUUUAAAAUAUUUCUUAGAAGAGAUCCAUGUUGUUCAUUUAUUAAUGCAUUACAGACCAAUUUAACUGACAAGUUUCAGGAAAAUUCUUCCUAGUUUAAUCAAUAAGCUAAAAGUUUUAUUUUUUAUAUUUAAUGCUUAAUCCCUUUCUCAAGUUGUUUAAAAUAAGCCUGAAGAUAUUUUCCCUCACCUCUGUAGGCUCUUGGAAGAUAAACAUACAACAGUGAAACAAACAAUAAAAUUAACAAUCUUAGAAUGUUGUAUUGUUUUAAUCUCUGCCCUCAGAGUUUGUGUUUUGUCUUUCUGCCUUUUUUUAAUGUCAAAUGAGAUUGUUUGCAUCUGUGGAAUAUAAAUUGUUACCAUAGUAUUUAUUUUUGGUAAUGAAUAAGGGUAAGAUUGCCUCUAUGAUUAUUAAAACACAUGAAAUUAUCCAAGAAUUCCUUACAAGGAAUUAAAAGGUUUCUGUAUUUA